CAUUCGACGAUAAACAUUGCGACGUGACCCGCAGAGCUCCUCAGUGAGGCAAUAGCACGUCAGCGGGAGGGAGGUCGAGUGUAGUCCAUAGUUGAUCUUAUUACCACAAGACUGGAAUUGCCCGACAACAUUAAAGACACGCACACUUUUUACGGUGAAGCAGUGUCCCGUUCAGAAAGGAGAAGACGCUGUCCUGUCGCUCUGACGUCUGCCAUUACCAACGCACUCCCGCUAGCCGUGGCAGCUAGCGCGAGCUAGCUAAGUUAGCUGUUACAUACCCUCGCUUUUAGCACGCAGCUGACCUCCACCACAACACAGACCUGCUGAGUAACAUUUGCUUGCUACGACGGGGUCGACAUUCCCCCGUCUCGUCACCUACGUUCCCGUUGCCCCCUGUGUGGUGCCCCGUGGACGGUUCCCGAAUAUGAUCCACAAUGAGUCAAAGAGAUACCUUAGUUCAUCUGUUUGCUGGAGGAUGUGGGGGCACCGUAGGAGCCAUAUUGACUUGUCCACUGGAAGUAGUGAAGACCCGUCUCCAGUCAUCCUCCAUCACCCUCUAUGUGUCUGAGGUUCAGCUCAGCACUGUCAAUGGAGCCAGCGUGGCCCGUGUGUCUCCACCGGGCCCCCUGCACUGUCUCAAAUUGAUAUUGCAGAAAGAGGGACCUCGAUCUCUCUUCAGAGGCUUGGGGCCAAAUUUGGUGGGUGUGGCACCUUCCAGAGCAAUCUACUUUGGUGCUUACUCCACUGCCAAAGAGAAACUGAACGGCGUGUUGGAACCUGACUCCACACAGGUGCACAUGGUGUCGGCUGGAAUAGCAGGUUUUACAGCCAUCACCGCAACCAAUCCAAUAUGGCUCAUAAAGACGCGUCUACAGCUGGAUGCAAGGAAUCGAGGCGAGCGAAGGAUGAGCGCUUUCGAGUGCGUGCGUCAGGUGUAUCAGACAGACGGCUUUCGGGGCUUCUACAGAGGGAUGUCGGCAUCCUACGCCGGCAUCUCAGAGACUGUGAUCCACUUUGUGAUCUAUGAAAACAUUAAACGGCGCCUCCUGGAGGCCAAGGCACCACAGAAUAUGGACGAGGAGGAGGAUUUGACAAAAGAUGCUUCAGACUUUGUGGGGAUGAUGCUUGCUGCUGCCACCUCCAAGACUUGUGCCACAUCUAUUGCUUACCCUCAUGAAGUGAUUCGCACGCGACUACGCGAAGAAGGCAACAAGUACCGCUCUUUCUUCCAGACGCUAACGACAGUGCCCAAAGAGGAGGGCUUCCGCGCCCUGUACCGCGGUCUCACCACCCACCUGGUACGCCAGAUACCCAACACGGGCAUCAUGAUGUGCACCUACGAGCUGGUAGUCUACCUCCUGAACGGUUAAAGCCUCCCCACCCCACCCCCCUCCCUCCUCUAUUUGGAGAAAGGAGACCCAGAGCACCUGCACACCAGCUAGCACAGCUAACAGCCUGCUUCCAGAGACAGCACCUCAACUGCUGUCUUGGUGACACAAGACAACAUGAGCGGUCGUUCAUAAAAAAAAGUCUGGAGUUUUGUUGUAUAGACGAAGAAGGAGUGUGAGAAAGAUCUUUGCGUUGGUUUGGGCAUCGAGGUUUAGCAGUGGCAAAGAAGUAGAUCCCCUAUUUUCACUUUUAUUCCAUCCUUUUCUCCAUUCUGACGUAAACUUUCUUCCUUAUGAAGAAAGAAGCUAACUUCCAGUAUAUUCUAUCUCUUAACAUUACUAAUAAUGAAGCUCCGUAAUACCAAGUGAGCAUAGAACCAUCUUAAGUAAAAAGCUUAGAUCCAAUCCUCAUGAUCACUUUCUUUUAAAAACAGUUUAGCUCUAGUGCAUAGUCCUCCACAUAUCCCUCAGAGAACCAGCAGAAAUCCAGAAUGCAAAGGCCCCGAAGUCGAUAGCUCAUCUCGAUGCGCAUCACAGAGGUCCUGAGAGCGAGGACGAAUCGGGGGUUUGUGGCUCAUAGAGGGGUGGAGGGAGGUGGAUGGAAGAAGACGUGCCUUGUGUGAAGACCGUUGAGCAGCUGGAGAUGCAUCUCUGGCUGAUCUAGAACAACAAAACGUCAAGUCAUACACUGGUGUUGUUUGAUUUCAGGUGCCCUCAAUCACCGUUUUUACAUAUCAUGAAGGUAAAUGCAGUCACCUGCUGGUUUUCAGCGUCCCUCACACUGACUCUGUUAUCAUCCAAAUGAUUCAAUUCUGUAAUCUCACCAAACUAAACAACAGUAUAAUCCACCGCUCUAAAUGCUGCUGUGGUUCAUGGUGUGAAGUAAAAAACAGUAGAGGUAACUAAGCUUAACAGACUGUGGCAUAGAUGCAGAUAAAUAUAUGAAAUAACUACCUAACGUGAUUGUAUUUGUCGGGCCAAUUUAGUCGAGAUGCAGACGUGUAGUGUGUUUUCUUUACUGGAGCACUUGGUAGUUGUUACCUUUCUCUCAGAAAACGUUAUUGUUCAAUAGCGGCUUUUCUUUCUCCAUAGUGCUCAUCUCAUUGUAUUCUAAUUUUUAUUCCCUUAGCUGGAAAAUCCAGGCUAGUUUUCCAGGCGAGGACAAUCCUCUUGAGUUUACACUGGAACACUUGUUGUACAGCUUAGCCAGCACGUGGAGGAGGAGGUUGGCCAGGAAUAUUCUGUGUCAUAAAACACACAUUAAUUAACUGCAGUUUAAAAACAAAAAAGAAGUUUGUUUUUCUUGAUUCCCUAUAAUGUUGGUUUGUUUGUUUUUUUCAGUCGUUUUCAACCAGUUAGAAAAAUCUUUUUUUGGGUGAGUGUGGCCAGAGGGUCAGUGUGUUUUAUGUCUUCUUUGGAAACCUUUUGAGGGUUUUUUUUUUUUUUUUGUGGCAUCUUUGUUUAAACAUUACAAACAAUACAGUGUUUUUUUUGUUUUUGUUUGUUGUUUUUGCUGUGAUUGUAUUUAUCCCGUUAACUUUCCUCCUGUUGUGAUCCUCCCAUUGUAGAGUGGGUAUGUUAAACGGUGAUUCAGCCCAUUACGCUAACAACGCACAUCUCGCUUUAUGACCACGGGCUCGCCCUUCAGAUGUCUUUAUCCAAACACUUCACCGCUCAGCUCUUGGUUUUACAGCACGCACAAAUGAUGCUCUAGACUCUUCUUUAGACUCUCUGUGUUAAAGUGCAGAGUGUGUGCGUGUGUGUGCGUGUGGCAUACAGUACCAUCAGCACACACUCUUGAUGUCGUGCAAAUCCACGAGUGAUCUGUUGCUGCUAGUGGCGAUCGGACAGUUGCGUAUCAUGGUGCUGGCUUCACUCACGUGGAUUUUGAAGGCUGGACAGAUAGUGUGAGCUGAUUGUACCUAACCCAAUUAAAGGGUCAUUUCACUCAAAUAAGAGAAAAUCUUUCCUCAUCUUUCCCCCUGACUCCUAAAAAUCUGGAGCGUAAAAGUGCUAACAAUGAGUACAUUUUAUUUUAUUUUUUAAACUUCGGGUGAUGUGACCCUGUACAUGUGCAUUUCUAAGCAUCUCUUCAUGUUAUUUGUCAGAUGAACCAAUCUUCCCUUGUUAUUCCUCAACCCCCACACAUUUGCAUUAUGUACCAGUGAGUGUGUGUGUGUGGGUUUUUGUUUUGUUUCUUUUGCGUGCGCUUGCCCAGAUCAGACUCCCAUGUGUGUCAUUCAGUUGUAUUGUGUGGGCUGGAGACCUGCAAACAGUGUUGUUGUUGAGUUUUUGUUUUGUUUUUGUUUGUUUUUUUUAAGUUAAUCCCUU